CACACUUUGCAUGCCACCAACGACGCUUGCAUGAAUGGGCUUCUCUGGGCUCGCGCGAUGGCUCAACGCGCCGACUACAGCUCUACCGUUGAUUAGGGAAAAUAUUCUGGUUAAUCAUAAUGGCCGCCUUGAAGGCAAAUGGCAGCUUUCCGUCAAGUCUUUCCGAUCCACUCUCUCCCAGUCAGAUGGUUCUCAGGUUCCCUCGGAACGGUCGAUGUGUGCACUGACGAUGGGCGAGAACGUCUUCAGGCAGAGAAACCUCACUUCACCUCCCACCCAUUACCGAAAUACAUUCCUGACUCUCAGCCCUCCUGGGGCACUAGAGCACCUUCUUGCCCAGCUCAAGGCGCGCUGGGUUUCGGUGCGACAGUCCACCGCCAAUACUGCGCCGAGAACCCAAGCAGCUGGGCCACAGCUUCUUAUUGACGGGCACGUCUUCUCCAUUGGAACUGACUGGAUCGUGCGCAUAGGCAAUGUCCUGCUCUCAGGUGGUGCAGUCAAAGGGAUGCUCCUAGAAGCGGAAUACCUUCCCUUGCCCGUUCUACGCUCUCCGUUGCAAGACGGUACAUCCGAACUCUUGUCGAAUCUUCUGACCUCGAUCCUGCCCAAUAUCCGGGAUGCCAAGACAGUGGCCAUUACCAUCAGCGAUUCUCAGUGGGAAGAUGUGUUGUGGAACCGGGAAGAGGAAGAGAAGAAGGGAAAGCAAAGCAAAGAGGAGCGUGUUCCGGUGGAUGAUGAAGACGAUAUUUACGUUUACGGGGACGAGGAGGAGGAGGGAAAGCGACAGCCUCGAGACUGGACAGGUGUUGACCGAGAUCGCCGGUCUGCCUUCCUGAUAAUGGGGGCACUGCGUUCAGAGGGUAUCCUGUAGUAUGACGUAACUGUCUAGACCGUGAGAGACUUGUAAUUUCGCUUUGACUCGAUCCUUCAGUCCAGGU